CUUCCUGCUUUACUGGUAACCAGAUCAUGCCGCUCCAGGAACCGCAUCGGGAGCAGUGAGUGGGGCGACCCACGGAGGAGGGGUAGUGAGGAGAACGUCAGACUUUGAGAAGUGAACAGUUGUGAUUAUGUGGGCUGCCUGUUGUAACUGGUUGUGCCUAGAUACUCAGCCGGAGGAGACUGCACCAAGUGGGAGAACACAGGCUGCUUCCAACCCUUACUUUAGACCUUCCUCUACCAUCCCAGAGAUCACUUGUAGGACGUGUGGUACGCGGCUGCAGCUUCCGCUUAGAAAGAGCCCUUGCAUGGACUGCAGAAACAACUUUUGUGGAUCAUGUUUAGCCCAACUGAGUGAUGGACAACCCGUGUGUCAACUCUGCAGAAGGUUCCGCUCUACUUCCUUCACACGGGAUGAGUUGUUAAAGAUGAAAGUGAAAGAUCUGCGAGACUACUUAUCUAUGAGGAACAUACCUACUGAACUGUGUCGGGAGAAGGAGGACUUGGUACAGCUUGUGUUGAGUCAAAGGCCCCCAAUAUUCAAUCAGAGUGGAAUGAGUCCGAGUGCAAGUCCAGGCGAGAGUUCCACUACCUCCCAGCCAACCCAAACCAUUCCAACAGUAAACAAUACCGCAAGUGCAGACAUUCUGUCAGAGGAGCAUCUUGAGGAAGACAAUGAGUCCACAGACUCCGAAGAGAUCCGGGUCCCUGGGCGGAGGGCCUCCCUCUCGGAUAUCGGUUGUGUAGAUGAUAUUGAAGCCCUCUCUGUGCGUCAACUGAAGGAGAUCCUGGCCAGAAACUUUGUCGACUACAAGGGCUGCUGUGAAAAAUGGGAGUUAAUGGAACGUGUCACCAGACUGUACAACGAACAAAAGGGUCUCCAGCAAAAAGUUUCUGCGGCUGAAGAAGGAGGGAAGCUUGGUGCAACUGGUGAUGAGAAUAUUUGCAGGGUAUGCAUGGACUCCCCUAUUGACUGUGUCCUGCUGGAGUGCGGCCAUAUGGUGACCUGCACCAAGUGUGGCAAACGCAUGAGUGAAUGCCCCAUCUGCCGACAAUACGUGGUGCGGGCUGUACAUGUCUUCCGAUCCUGACUGUCCUCUACAACGUUUUUAUUUACAUAAAUAACCCAGACGGACAGUGUUAAGCCGCCUCACUUUCAGAUGGCUGCCUCAGGAAGAGAUAAGCAAUGGCAUUUAUCCAUCUACCAUAGAUGUAGAUUGAAACCUGAUUUAUUUAUUGCGUGAGAGCUGCAAUUUUUUUAAGUGGGCUCUCCUUUCAUUGAGUAUGCCUGGGAUUGCAAGAAGCUUUUCUAACGCAUAUGUGAUUGUAAUCAAAAAUAUCUACCUGCUCAAAUGAUCCAGAUGUGGUCUGUAAGACUGGAGACCAAGAAGUCAUUCUGCCGCAAGUGAAGUGUUCGUGUACCAUGCAGGAAAUUAACUUCAUAAACAUAUAAUAUAUAUAUAU